AUGGCAACCUUCGAGGAGCAGACGGCGUGCGUGGUGCAGGCCUUGUUCUCUGAUCUCUUCGACGAGGAGGAGAUUGACUGCCGGAACCUGGAGAUAGACUCUGGUGAGCAGGCAGAGUGCACAGGAGGACCACCCCUCCCAUUUGACACAAGGGUGGUGGCCAGCCGCCUGCGGCAGAUGGGGGACCAAUGCAACCUGGAUUUUGAAAGAGUCUCCUCAGAGCCUCUGGCUGAAGUGCUCCGGGGGAAGGUGGAGAAGUUUGGGGCUGCUGUGGAAUCUCUCAUCAGGAGGUGGAAUGACCAGAACCCAGAGCUGGUCUACGAGAGAGCUUUUCUCUGUGUCUGUGUGAAAUUAGUAAAGCUUGUUGGUGAGAAAGUCCCAGGCAUGCUGGAUCCCAGCCUACUUAUAAGAGAGAUCAAUGGAAAUUCUCAAGUGAGAAACUACAUUGAGGCCCAAGGUGGAUGGGUAAGGAUGGUGGUGAUGUUUGCCUGGGAUUUAUGGCUCUUCCUUUGUGUCACUCACCUGUCCCACCUGCCCUGCUCAGCUCAUCACUGGUACCUAGCCUGA